AUGGCGGGGAAUGAUGAAGUUGCCCUGAAACCUGUUUCAUGCGGGGCAAGAUUACGGAGGAGUUGUGAUGCAUCAUUGAGGUUUGGAGGGUCCAUGAGAGACCCUUUUUUGAAGCACAAAGUGAAGAAGUUUGAUCUAUCUAGCCUAGAUUGGAUUGAUGAGAUUCCGGAAUGUCCUGUGUUUUCUCCAUCAAUAGAGGAGUUUGAGGAUCCACUUGUUUAUCUCAAUAAAAUUGCCCCUAUCGCUGCAAAAUAUGGUAUAUGUAAGAUUGUUUCACCUCUCUGCGCUUCUGUACCUAUUGGGCCUGUACUUAUGAAGGAACAAGGUGGACUUAAAUUUACUACCAGGGUGCAACCUCUCCGCCUUGCUGAAUGGUCCAAGGAUGACAAGUUUGCUUUCUUCAUGAGUGGAAGAAAGUAUACAUUUCGAGAUUUCGAGAAGAUGGCGAAUAAAGAAUUUGUUCGAAGAUACUCAAGUGCUGCUUGUCUUCCACCAAGAUAUAUGGAAGAAGAAUUCUGGCAUGAAAUAGCCUUUGGCAAGAUGCAGUCUGUUGAGUAUGCAUGUGAUAUUGAUGGUAGUGCAUUCUCUUCUUCUCCUAAUGAUCAACUGGGCACAAGCAAAUGGAACUUGAAGAGACUUUCUCGGUUGCCGAAAUCAACACUGCGUCUCCUCAGAGCAGCAAUUCCAGGAAUAACGGAUCCAAUGCUGUAUAUUGGGAUGCUCUUUAGUAUGUUUGCAUGGCACGUGGAAGAUCAUUACUUAUACAGCAUUAACUAUCAUCACUGUGGGGCUUCAAAAACGUGGUAUGGCAUUCCAGGCAAAGCUGCUCCGGAUUUUGAGAAAGUGGUAUGUGAGCAUGUGUACGAUCAUGAAAUUUUAUCAGGUGAAGGGGAAAAUGCAGCAUUUGAUGUCAUUUUGGGAAAGACUACAAUGUUUCCUCCAAAUAUUCUGUUGCGUCAUCAUGUUCCUGUCUACAGAGCUAUACAGAAACCUGGAGAGUUUGUUAUUACGUUUCCCCGAGCUUAUCAUUCAGGUUUCAGCCAUGGUUUUAAUUGUGGCGAGGCAGUGAAUUUCGCUAUUGGAGAAUGGUUUCCUCUGGGAGCACUUGCUAGUCAACGUUAUGCACUUUUAAAGAGGACACCAUUACUACCUUACGAGGAACUUCUUUGUAAAGAGGCGGCACUUCUUGAUCAUGAAUUUUCUACCUGUGAUUAUAAAGAUACAACAACAUUAGCUGGAGAAACACACAGUCAACGCUGUAUGAAAGUUCCUUUUGUUCAGUUGAUGAGGGUCCAACAUCGUAUCCGUUGGUCCCUUAUGAAAAUGGGUGCUCGCACGCAUUAUAAAGCAGAUAUUGAUGCCACAGUUCUGUGUGGAAUAUGUAGACGCGACUGCUACGUAGCCCACAUUAUGUGUAACUGCAGAAUUGAUGCGAUUUGCCUUUGCCAUGAGGAAGAGAUUAGGAGAUGCCCUUGCAGUUGUGAUCGUGUUGUAUUUGUGAGGAAAGACAUAUUUGAACUGGAGACAUUAUCAAAGAAGUUCGAGGAGGAAAGUGGAAUACUGGAUGCAGUCAAAAAGCAAAUGGCUCGACGUGAUGGCGCUAGUCAGCAUUCUAACUUUUUCGAUUGUACUGAUCAUGAAGCUGAGUACUACCCAUACUGCAAUAUUCACAUAGAUCCAUCCCCAGAAAUAUAUAGCAUUUCAGAGACAAAUUUUGUUGGGUAUGACUUGAACAAUCCACAUCCUGCUGCAUCAACAGUAACAUUUUCUUUUGUACCCCAUGAGUAUUCUACACAAAGUGAUGAGUGUACAAGUUCUAACAGAAGAGCCUUGUCUAGCUCUUGUCUCGAGAAUACAAUUACCCCUGAAAAUGCAAUUAGUAAUGCUUGCCAGUUAUCUACUCCUGAUCAAACAUGUCUGUCUGACAAAUUGGCUGCACAUGAUACUGAUGAUUCUGACUGUGAGAUAUUUAGAGUAAAGAGAAGAUCUGGCCUAACUCCUGAGAAAAGACACAUGGAAGAUGGAACAACAAAUUUCACUGGGAAUCAGGUAUUGAAACGGCUGAAGAAAAUUAAUGCACAUGACAGACAAGAACAUAAGUUACCUGAACUAUCCUGUGGUGCAAGGAGUGAACCUGUCCAUACUGAUGAUUGUAUACAUUGUGUUGACUUCAUUUCUGAAAAUGGAGACGACUUCAUAGCUCCAACCAAAUUGAAGAUGAUACAUCAACUAGAUGCAAAUAUUGUUGAGGAUGAAGUUGCUUCCAGCCAGAAAUAUAAUAGUUGCAACUACCAAUCUCCAUCUAUAGAGCUUGGGCCAAAACGCUUGAAAAUUCGUGGCCCAUCUUUUCCCAGCAGGAUUUCUGAGCUGGAGGUAUCUUGUAGAUUCCAGGACAAUGACUUGGGCAGCCAGCAUGCUCGAUGACGACUGCUAGGCCAUUGGUUCUAACACUACGUAAGUUAACAAACAGCAUCCCUAACUUCUGGAAGCUGAAAGCUCCUACCAGCCAAGGUUUCCAAAUUGUUGGUUGGUCAGCUGGUAACAGAUGGCUCAGAUUUAAUUCUUCUGCGGGCCUCCAAUAGAGGCAUUGACAUGGGUUCAUGGCUGGAUUCUUGAUUUUAUUGCUGGGCCACAUUUGUGGUAGGGGGCUGAAAGCAGUAGGCAGACAAUUCUGAUGUUUUUCCACUGUACAUCUUCACAUACAUCUCCUUUCACCUUUCUCGUAGGUUUUUCACUGUGAAGAGGUUAGUCUACUACCUUACCAAUUUCUUUCAUUCUUUUUGCACACAUACACAUGUACCUAGAAUGCUUAAUCAGAUGCAAAUAUGAAAUUGAUACUGUAGAUCCCAUAUUGAGUCAGUUAUUCAACUUUCUACUGGUCUUUGAUCUCUUCAUGUAAUCUCAAAUGAUCAAAUUUUCUUUUGUCAUUAUUGGUACCGGUACAUUUGUCUCCAGAUGUGUUGAUAACUUGAUUUGUUAAUAAAUCGAUUGAUGCUGACAGGAAAUCACUAGCACUGAUUGUCAUGUUGCAUAUGCAACAAAGUAGAUGCUUUGUGAUAAUGUAUAAUGAAGAAGCCCAUGUAAAUGCUCGAAUCAAUCAUAUUCUAUUGAAAGUGGGUGUAACAGAAGGAAUAAAGGAGCUAAUUCAGUGAGGAAAUCAAAAUCUGCACCUAAUUGCAUA